AUGUGUCUGUUCAAGGUGAUAGACGGCAGCAGACGUCGACGGAAGAACGCUUGUGAUGCCGAUAACGAAGUACUUAAAGAAAGCGGAAGCACGCCUAUGGCCUCAUCGGACAGCGGCGUCGAAUCCGCAGCAGAGGUUGACUUGACAGAGAUGAAGGUACGUCACCUGGGCUCGCCGAUGGCCUCCGAGGAACUCAGCACAUCGCUUCAGGCGACUGACUCUCCCAUGUCUCGUGGAGCGUCGUCGCCACAUGAUCGUUAUGAUCUCCUGCUCUGUGGCGAUUGUCAUGCCCAGUUUCCAAUCGCUCAUUUCAGUACAUUCAUUGAGCAUAAGGUGUCAAACUGCGGUGGGAAAUCGACGCCGUCAGAGGUCAUCGACGAGCGGCCGAGUCGUCGGCGAAACUUCAGUCACGGCAUGACGCGUUGUGUGCGUUCAUCGUCGGCGAAUCCGCUGAUGGUCGACUACCACAUUCACAACAUGGACGUCACCACCGACACUGACGAUCUCGGUAAGAACCAUCGUCAUUUUUGA